AUGGCGGACAGUCCUGGUGGAUAUGGCGGUGGCAGCGGCAGCCACGAAAACGGUGGAGACGGCGGGGGUGAUCAGAGCCCCAAGUCCAACGUGCGCGAGCAGGAUCGGUUCCUCCCGAUUGCAAACAUCGGCCGUAUCAUGAAGAAGGCCCUGCCUACCAAUGGAAAGAUCGCUAAGGAUGCAAAGGACACUGUUCAAGAAUGCGUGUCCGAAUUCAUCAGCUUUGUCACCAGCGAGUAUGCAUUUUUUUCCCCUUUGAGCUGCGGAGUUUGUCUGUGCAAUUUAUAUCGAUUUUAUAUUUUGUAA